CUAUCAGUGGAGUUAAAAGUGAGUGUAAAAAUCUGCAGAUACGCAGUGACAAUUUCAACUCUACAGCAGUGAUGAAUACCCGCCACUCUGCUUUGCUGAAGUUUGGCACGUACGUUGGUGGAGGAAGAUUGCGAAGGAGUAGCUAGGCCACAGAUAUUGCUAGAGGCAAAAUGCUGUUGCGUGUUCAGCUCGGGGAAGAGCAGAAAUACGUCAAGCUGUCUGAGCUGACAUUCAAUGCUUUCUUGAAAGAAGUGUGUCUAAAAUUCAACAUACCAGAAAGCAGAAAGCCAGACAUUAAGGUGUAUGACCAGUCUGACACAGAAGUUGACUCAGAUGUUUUUGAAGAAUUAGUAAAGGAGUCACCUGGAACUUUCAGAAUCAUGCUGGGCAAUGGACUUGAUACCUCUCAUUCAUCAUCAUGCUCGGGUACAUCUGAUGACACCAUCAUUCUGAAUUUCACUGUGUGUGACGAUGUUGAAGAAGUAGCGGCUGGCGAAGGAAGCCAGCCUAAAAGGCCAUGCCACAUAAACUAUGAGGCAAAAGCACUGAUUGAAAAAAUCCUAACAUCAAAGCCUGGUGGUGAACGCAUUAUGCAAGAGAGACAUCCCCCCAAAAGUGUCAGAGUGAUGUAUGCACAGGGGAUAGUAGCUUUGUUUCCCUAUCUAGAAGACCCAUACUCACAACAUGGAUAUGAUCAUUACUACGAUCCGGAGAGUGGUUCCGGAUACCUUGCAUGGCGAUUGAAGACCAUACAAAGAAAAACAGCAGAGGAAAGAGGUGCCUCAGUCAGCAAAUCUCCUAAAGUUGGUGGGCCAGGCCGUGAUCGUCAGCCCUUCACCUAUGACAGAGAGCCAUCUGAUGAGGAUGUGGAAGCAGCUAUUGCUGUUUUGAGACACUCUGCUGAUGAAAACACUGUCCGUGAGAAGAUGAAAAUGACCUUCAUAUAUCGGCAAGCAAUGGUCAACGAUGAAGCCAAAUCAUCAGAUGUCUUCUCGGUCUUCCCAAGAUUUCUGGACACACCAGGACUGAUAGAACAAGAUUUCAGACUUCUGUUUGGUGAGGCCACAGCCAACAAAUUCUUGGAGAAGUGGCCAACCACUUUCAAAGCAAAAGUAAUAAAGGAAAGCCAUGGACUUGUAUCCACCACAGAACUCUUGGAUUUGAUGCGCAAUGCUGAGUCAGCUGCUGAAGUUGAGAAUGGCUGGGACAGUGACAUGUCUGCCAUCUUGCUGCUGCUACAUUUGCUACCACCAUCUGCACAAGGUAGAAAGAGGCCGGAAAGAUGUCUGCAUAUCAAGCUGUAG